GACCAUCAACUUUGGAACUUUAUUUCUGCUACACUUCGGAGUAAAACACAAUGGAUAUAUUUUUUUUAUGUGUAGACGAUGCAGACAUUAAGUGACACUGACAGACUGCAGGGAUAACUGGUUUGUGGCGGACAAGCGUUCAAAGCGACGUCGCUUUUUGAUCCUGCGAUGUCGGCUCUCCCUCUUCACCACGCGUGGCUCGGAUUAUUCACCCACUAACAGGGAACGUGAGCUGGGCUUAUACAGUCGUGAGAGAGACGUCAGUGAAGAACAUCCCUGAACAGCAGGAGUGGAACUCCGGGAUGGAACAGGAGGAGCCACAGCAUCCCCACAUUAAAGAGGAAGAGACACAGCUCAUCAACCUUAAAGAGGAAGAAAAUGAGCCACAGCAUCUCCACAUUAAAGAGGAAGAGGGGGAGCCACAGACCCCCCAUGUUAAAGUGGAAGAAGGGGAGCUACUGCCGCCCUAUGUUAAAGAGGAAGGGGAGGAGCCACAUCCAGCCCGCAUUAAAGAGGAAGAGGAGGAUCACAGCAUCAGUCAGGAGGGAGAGCAUCUUGAAGGACUGGAGGAGUUCCCAGUGAUUGGUGUGACUGUGAAGAAUGAAGAUGAUGAAGAUAAAAUUGAGGAGGAGAGAGAGGCGGAGCCCCCAAAAAGCAGCUCAACUCAACACAUGACAACUGAAGCUGAUGGAGACCACUGUGGAGGAUCACAAGCACACAACCUCUUAGCUCCACUAUCAGAUAGUGACGACACAACGUCACACUCUCCUGACACUGAUGAUGAAGACUCUGAAGCUGAUAUGACAUGUCACACUGACAACACACGCUGGAAAUGCUCUCAUUGUGACAAAACCUUUGUUAGUAAGAGAAAUCUGAAAAGGCACAUCAGUAUACACACAGGAGAGAAACCUUUCGCCUGCUCAGUUUGCAAUAAAAGGUUCAGCGCUAAGUCAUAUUUGAAAGAACACACAAGAAUACACACCGGCGAGAAACCUUUUCUUUGUUCGGUGUGUGGUAAAAGAUUCUAUCAAAAAUCAGAUUUAAAAAAACACACAACAAUUCACACUGGAGAGAAACCCUUUUCCUGCCCAGUUUGUGGUAAAAGAUUCAUUAAGAAGUCAAAUUUAAAAGUCCACACAAGAAUACACACUGGGGAGAAACCUUUUCCGUGUACAGUUUGUGGUAAAACAUUCUACCUAAAGGGUAAUUUAAAAAAACACACAGCAAUACACACUGGAGAGAAACCUUUUCCUUGCACUGUGUGUGGUAAAAGAUUCUCUCGGCAGUCACAUUUGAAAGCACACACAAAAAUGCACACCGGGGAAAAACCUUUUCCUUGCACAGUUUGUGGUAAAACGUUUUACCUAAAAGGUAAUUUAAAAAGACACACAUCAAUACACACUGGAGAGAAACCUUUUAUUUGCACGGUUUGUGGUAAAAGAUUCUCUCAACAAAAUCUUUUAAAAAGACACACAAGCGUACACACUGGAGAGAAACCUUUUCCAUGCACAGUUUGUGGUAAAACAUUCUACCAAAAAGCUAAUUUGAAAAGGCACGCAGCAAUACACACUGGGGAGAAACCUUUUUCGUGCACAAUUUGUGGCAAAACAUUUGACCUAAAAGGUAAUUUAAAAAGACACACAAGAAUACACACUGGAGAGAAACCUUUAACCUGAGCCGUUUGUGGUAAAAGUUUCUCGCAGAAGAUCACAAUUUUUGUUCAGUGUGUGUGGUCAGCGAUUGACAAAUGGUACAAUCCACCGGUUUGGCUCAUUUCUUGAAACAGAAAUUAAAUUUUAAGAACUCUGAAGAUUGUUUCGCCAAACAGUCCUACAGUUCAGCACAACACCAUAGCUCACUUGCAAAAGCUCACAACUCUCCCAUAACUGUUCACUCUUGCUUCACGGCUAAUUCCUUUCCCAUAUAAAUAGUCAUUGCCACCAAAAGGAAAAGAUGCUUCUCAAUUGCUUUAGUUCAUUUCCUGAAACAGAUGGAACUUUCUCAGCACUCUUGGUUCUUUAACAAAAUAACUCAGGUGGUUCAGCACAACAGCAUGGCUCACCGGCAAAACUCAUGUCUCAAUCGUGUCAAAACAAAAUGCAUUGUCCCUUUGACAUUGUGUAAGCACUGCAAGUCACUGUGGCAGAGGACCAUAGAAAUAUCCCUCAUGUCCACAUCUCAGUCUUCCUUGACAAUGGCUACUGUCUAUAGAACAGACUGCAAUGGCAUGGUUUGUUUCAAACAUACAUGCAGGUUACAUUAGAAUACUUCAUGUUUCAAUUCACAUGUCCGAAAAUCCUACACCCUCUCAAUUGCUGAUACACUUGUGCACUUUCUGUAUUAAACAUGUACCGUUUGCCAAAUCUGAAGCAACGUAAGAAAAUGGUCAGAAUGUACAGUAUAACAAUGUGUUACAGUAAAGUUAAGGUUGCGAGACUCAGAUUACUUUUGACGGGUUCAUUGAAUUGUCUCAAUAUUGCUUGAUGUUAUUGUAAUCCCGCCGUGUAGUAAAAGCAGUUGUUUCUGUUGUUGUCAUAUAUAAAACAAAAAAAACUAUCUUUUUCUUUCUUUUGUUGUUGUCUGGAUCUGCAUCAAUCUGUAAUCCAAUCAUUUCUGGUCUGGGUAGGUCUUCCUGCCCUGCAUAGUGAUGUGAUCUUUAAUGUCUAUACAGAUCCUUCCUUGAUAUCUUUGACAGCAAGCACUCUGGUCUCUCCUGGUUCUCCAUUUGGCUUGAUGUUGAUUUUGCUGUUUGCGCUCCAAGUACCUUGACUCUUUUACUGCUUCCUCAAGUCGCGGACCUUCUUGGCGUUGUGUUUUGUCAGGUGAACUCAAGGGUGUGGCGUUGUUUCUGGCAUAAAGGGGAAUGCAUGUAUUGAUGGUGUUGAUAUCUACAUCCACCUGACUUGAUUGUUGAAAAUUGACAAUUUGUUGCUCAGCUGAAGCAACAUCCAUUGCAUCUGAUUCUCUCUUGUCAACUGCCCUGGAAUUUGACCUGGGUGUAAUUGCUAGCCCAGGUCAGGAUCACAUGGUUCAUUCGUGCGUUCUGAUCCAUUUCAUCAGUUGUAUUCUUCAUUUGCUCAAUGACUUUUGUCUCUUGCUUCUUUCUUUUUUAAAAGUGCUGUGCGUGGUAUCAUCCUUGAUAUUAUUGUGCAGAGGUCUAUUUUCCUUUUUUUUUUUUUUUUUACCUCGUCAGUUCUCAGAGAAACUCCCUUUUGAGGCGAUCAGUCUGUCUUUUUAGAUCUUCCUGUGUCUCUUUCUGUUGCUCACUGAAGCUCUCCUUGAGGCUGUCAAUCUGCGAUCGUAGAUCUUGCCGUAUUUCCUGAAGUAACACUUCCAGUUUCCCUUUCAUUACAUCCUUCAAGGCGCCAUAUAAUAUCAAAUCUUUUUUUAUUGUGGACCCGGAUUUCCAGGGCCGGUAUCAUUUAGCUAUUUCCGUGGAAUUGCUUUCAACAUUAGCAGUUAGCCGGUUAGGUUGGCUUGCUAGCGGCUCUGUGCACUUGUUUAUUUCAAGGAAUCCAUACCUCUCACCGGUCCGAGUUCAAGUCGAAGGUGAUCUUGUGAUCUCGUCGUGUGGUCAGGAAAGCACCAAAAUAGUUCAAAACUGAAGUGGGCGACAGCUGAGCUCUUGCCACGAACAUCCUUUACGGGCAACAACAACAGAAAAAAUAAAUGAAAAAAAUGAAAAGUGGAUUUUACGGUAAUAAAUUAACUUCCAUACAUCGGCGUAAUAAUAGAACGUGCACAGCAUAGCAUACUGUAAUAGAAACAAAGAAACAAACUGGGAAAAUGAUGUUUCCUACAGUGCUGUGAAUAAAACACCUCUUUACUGGAUGUAGUCGUCCUCACCCUCUGUCUGGUCACAGAUUCUCAUCCGCAUCACAGCGCAAAGUUGUAGUUGCUCAGGCACCUGCCCUUUUGCCCAGCUCAUUUCCCCCCCCCCAUAAAAAAAUACUGUUAUCUGUCAUCAAUUGCCCUCAAAUAUGUUUUGAUUUCUGGAUGUGGCACGUAUUGGAGUUCUUGUGGGACUUCUUCCCCGUCCUGUUUACUGACGUUUGUCAUGUUUAAGGAAGGGAGAGAGGUGAGCGGCGGCAGGCAGAGAAUAUAAAGCUUCUUCUACAAAUGAGACAAGUUCGCUGUAGUUUUGUUUCAUUUAAAGUUGUUGUCAGUGAGAUGAAAGGUAGAUGUUAAGUUGAGCUGCAUAAUUUAGUAUAAUUAUAUAAAAUCCUGUCCUGUCUUUUAUCUUUCUUUUAAUAAAUA